UACAACCACAGUGCUGGAAAGGACUGUCAGCAGCACCAUGGGAUCGCUUGUCGUUCUGUUCAUCCUUGUUGCAGUAGCCCAGCUUCAUGGGAAAGCCAACGCUCACCUCCACUCUGGGUCCGAACUGGCUGAGUUGAAGGAUCUUCUGGAGCAUUUGGAAGACAAGCUUGGAGAAAGAGAGGCUGAGUUUGUGCCUGGUUUUAAUGAACCCGACGACGCAAUGGCCGGAGACGCUUCCCAAAACGUCGCCGACUGGGACAACCAAGAUGCCCGGCCGAUGAGCCAAGGUGGCAUCGAACGUGGCAACUGGCAACCCCCGGAGAGAGUGGCCACCACAAGGAGCAAGUUCAGAGGUCUCUUCAAUGCUCCCCGAAGCUUACAAAGGUCCUCCGGUUGCUUUGGCCAACGGAUGGAUCGGAUCGGGGCCUCCAGCGGACUUGGCUGCCGCAGGAACCGGAACUGAUGCUAAACCCAAAGGCAAACUCUCUCCCUUCCAUCCCUGAUGCCAACCAUCAACUCCUGAACUUUCUUCCACUGGAUCUUCUACAAAGACCAUCUAACCAUCUCUUGUCCCAA